AUGGACCUCAAAAGGGUGAAGGUCUCAGUUCAUGCUUUCCUGGCAUCCGGCAUCUUCAUGUCAACUACGAUCUCCAAGAGACAGAAGAUCCGGUUUUUGCUGGGUAUGUUUGACGAGAACGACAGCCGGAUGCUCAAUUCUGCCGAGUUUGUGGAGAUGAUCUCGUCCUUCUUGCAUGGCAUCGCCUGCGCCUUUGCACUGGUCGACUGCGUAAGCCUUGCGCCGAAGCCGAGUCUGCGUCGAAAGCUGGGAAAAUGCCUUUUCGACCGGGUGGUGAACAGCGCCUGCUGCAGUUUGCCUUUCUGGGAGGCCAAGAAGAUCAAAGCCAAAGAUGCAGCACCGAUCUGGCUUAUUGAAGAGUGGUUCCUGAGUGAAGGGGGAGACCCCCUCGCCGCUCCCUUUGCUAUGCUCUUAGAGCGGUUUUCCGUUCGUGAGUUUGAAGAUGAUCCCGAGUUCUUCGAAGAUGAGGACAAAAGCUUCAAGCUCUCCCACACGGCCCCAGUGGAGUUGCCCUUGCAGACAGCAGCCGCGCUGGACUCGAGCUGUCUCCGCCGUGAUGAAAUAGGUCUUGUGCGGAAAGUCUUCUGCGAGUGCGAGAAGCAGCGUGACUUCUCUUUGUCUUACGAAGACAUGGGUCGUGCGGUUGGGGAGUUGAUCCCGCCAGAUCUAUGGUGCGACCGACUGGUACGAGGUCUGGACGAGAUGGAGCGUUUGCGGGGUGUCGGGCAGAAGCCCAACUUAUCGCUCUUCCUCAGAAAGCUUUGCCCGAGUGCAAAGCCUCGCCACAUUCGGCUGUUUCAGAUUUGGAUGAAGGAGUUGGACCAUAUAGAGGAGCUCAAGGAGGACUUAGCGACUUCUCGCCGCCUGCAAGAGUACUUCGAAAGUUAUGUCGCCCGGCCAGUGCUUCCAGUACGUGUUCGCCAAGAGUUGCUGGAAGAGUAUGAGAGCCUUGCGUUCAACACAUUGCAGGCAAGCGUCACGCGAGAUGCCUUCCGCAAGAGAUUCUACGAUGGAGGCUCCAGGGUGACCCAGGAGGAUUACGUCGCUGCCAUGUGCCCGACAGAGUUUCGCCACAAGGAAGGCAGCUUCGGUGUCGUUUCAGUCUUCAUGCAUGACGAUGCGCAACGUGCAUAG